GAAGAAGCCAGCGAGUACGAAGGCGCGAGGAGAUCGCGGGGCCCUCCUCUGAAAAAAGGGGCUCCGCACGAGAAGGGGCACGCAAACGUACCCCUGGACCCGUCGUGGUGUUGUCCGCCGGGGGUGGCGGUGGUGGUGGUGGUGGGGGCGGAGGUGGGUGCAGACGCCGUGACUUGGAACGACGCGGAGGUGGCGGUCGGGGAGCUCCCUGUCUUGCCACCAUCAGCUCCUCUGUCGCGGGGAGUGCAGGGGGUUGUGGCCCUGUGGUGGGGCUACCCUCCUAUAAAAAGCGUCAAGGUACUGUUGGAGAGGCGAUGAGGUUUAAACGUAACUCGAUGUAUAAUGUCGAAGGUACCGGUACCGCCUGGGGUCGAGGUAGCCGGGGCCGUGGCAGAGGUCGCGGGGGCGGCGUCAGCCUUCUUGGUUCAGGCGUCGCCCCCGCGAAUUACUCCUCAGCACUGCAGGGCGUAGCGCCUGAGCUACGAGAAGUGGUGAACAUUCUUGGCGAGAGGAACCAGGUUGGCACACUGACAGGCGUGGGACCACCACCGGGAGCCUUGGACAGCGAUGGCCAAGGGGACGAAGAGGAAGGCACCUCGACGAAAAGACCACCGCGACCCCUCUACAGAAGGCUGAUCAAUUACGUUCGACAGGCGUGGACCGGCGUGAAAUUCGCCUUAGACUCGGAAUACGAAGAGGAGCAGACCCCGAGAUACAGACCCGACUCAUUGGCGAGUCUUUGCCGAGCCACGAGGUUCACCGAGGCAGAGCUGAAGAGAAUAUAUCGUGGUUUCAAGGCAGAAUGUCCCACGGGAGUCGUCAGGGAGGAAACUUUCAAGUGCAUCUACUCACAGUUUUUUCCGCAAGGAGCCAAUACUAGCCAGUACGCGCAUUACGUUUUCAACACGUUGGACCAGGAUCAUAGUGGCAUCCUUAGUUUCGAGGACUUCGUUACUGGUCUCAGCAUACUGUCACGCGGUUCCAUCGACGAGAAACUCCGCUGGACAUUUUCCCUUUACGACAUCAAUGGCGACGGUUGCAUCACCAGGGAAGAAAUGACAGACAUCGUGACGGCUGUGUACGAGCUGAUGGGGAAAUUUGCCGAUCCGAAUUUAGACCACGAAGGCGUACGAGAGAAAGUAGAUCGAAUAUUUCAGAAGAUGGACGGGAACAAAGACGGAGUGGUGACGCUGUCGGAAUUUUUAGAAGCGUGUCGCGCCGAUCCUGAUAUUUCGACGAGCAUGGCAGCUUUAGACACGGCCUUCUGACACUCGGCGCGGCCACGAUACAUGCCAUGGACCUGAAGAGAUUCUGUCGAUUUGGGAAUAUAUCGCUCAACGUUGUACCUUACCUCCUGGACCAGGGGAAAGAGUUUCCUCAAGGUGUAUUACUAGAUAGACUAGCGUCUACGUGUGCGAAUUUCCAGAGUCGGGGCGUCUCGAGGGGAAAACGAUGUAGAUUUUUUCCUAUAACUUGUUGAAACACGGUUAAGAGAAUAACGCGUGGUUAGUCGCGUUAAAGGAUCCGAUUCGCGGAACAACGCGUCAGAGGCUUUCGUCGCUUUUGCAACGUGCGUGGUUUUGGGUGUGCGUGUGCCCGAGGAUGUUCAACAUCACAGACGACACGCACGCUCUCUAAGAUCCAAGAGUCCGCACGAAAUGGUCCUAAGAACGUACUAGAGAUUGUACUUUCGAGAUUCGUAGUCCUAGUUAUUCAGUAUGCGUAUCGCUAGGUAAGAGAGGAUUAGAUGAGAGCAUCAUUAAGCAAAGAAUAACAAAAAAAAAAAAAAAAGAAAAAGAAAAAGAAAAAAAGAAAAAAACAAAAGAAAAGGAACGACGUUAUUAUUGACGAUUGUUAGUAGUUACGAGACGGAGCAUGUUGGCGAACUGUUUCCGGUAGUUGAUUUUUAAAGAACGCGCGCUACAAACGAUGAACGAAUAUGCAAAUUUAGAGGAAGCAAGACUAAUAAAAACAAAGAUACUAUUCGCAACGACGUGACGAAUAGAUGAAUAAAAUUUACUUUAAUACAGUGCAAGUUGGCGUUGCAAAGGUCUAAGAAAAAUGGAUCAUAUUCGCAUAGCAGAGUGCAUCACGAAGAAAAAGGGAAGCAAAUUUUUGCAAAACAGUGUGCCAUUGAGAUUUGACGUAAAUUGUACGUGGCAUUGUUCGUGCCAAAGUAUAGUUUUAUAGGAAUGACACAAAUAGCACAAAUAUUUGUGUGGAAAUAAUUGAGCUUAGCUUACGUUUCUUUUUACCCUUGCGUUCUUUACUUAAAAAAAACUAACGAAAUUUUUCGACGAAAAGAAAGAGAGAGAGACAUUUUCACUUUAGCUCAUAUUUUACAUAUACUGAAAGACACGCAUGCAUGGUAACAUGGAUUCUUAACGAUUUACAAUAACAACGUAGAAUUUUCUAGUCUAGAGUUUUCUAUGACAACCAUAUUUUUUUAUAAACCUAUUGUUUGUUACGUGACGUAGCUUUUACAUUUACAUUUCAUUGAUACUACCCAAUCGCGUAAAAAUUUACGCUGUCUUCGAAUGUAAAUGAAGCGUUUUUCUUUUCUUUUUCUUUUUUUUUUCUUUUUUUUUUUCAAUUUGUACGUCAUCGUUGCCGAGAGAAUCACACGAGUUUCCGUUGUUUCAUUUCAUUUCAUUUCACUUCAUUUUUUGAUACCACCGUUCUUUCCUGCUACCGAGCAGGUAGGCAUCUUAGGAACCUUAGAUUUCCUAAUUUCGUAAAGCUUGCGAAAAGGAUAAAAUGGUUCUAGAUGUUGUUAGACAAUUUCGAGGAGAUUGCGAAUUACCGAUAGAUUUUUAGUUGCAAGACGAAACACCGCAGCGAGCGAAGCUAGGUCGCGCAUUCCUCGCCAGGUGUUUUUCCCAGUGGCGUCGCAAAUAAAAACGGGUAGCAGUAAACUCUUGAGUACGAAUUUAAUGAUAAUAAAACGCAAGAAUCGGCAGAAAUUAGCGGAGGAAUUCGCCGGAGAAACAAAAUGAAAGCAAAGAGGAAAGAAAAAAAAAAAAAAAGAAACUUGAAAUAAUUAGCGCGAGACGUAGAAAGUAUACAAAAAGAAAAACAGAGAAAAGAGAGAUAUCGUAAAACCCGCUGAAGCAGCUGGCCAUGUUGAGAGCGGGUCUCGUUGUUUCUAGUACGUAAGCGAGUAGAUUAAGCGACAUAAUAAAAGUAUUUAUUUUUGUGACAGGUAAAUGAAUUAUUAAUCGUGGUAAGAAUUUAGCUCGUAAAGACUGCGUGCUGCUAAAGAGAGAGAAGAAAGUAGAGAGAUGGAUGGGAGGGGAAGGGAGUGAGAGCGAGAAGAAAAUUUAGAAGAAAUGCGCCGAAGAAGAACGCGGAGAACAGAAAAGAAGGAUGGGGAGGGG